GGCAUAGCGGGUGAAGCGGCAGCAGCAGCGGUCGCGGUGACUCCGGUGAGACGGCAGGAGGAGACUGCGCUCUGCCUUCCGUGUUGUCAAAGUUUCACCUUUCACCGCAUAUUAUUUUCCCCUGAGCCACAGUUUCCCUCCGUUUUCUCUUUAUCUGCGAACAAAUAAACUCCAUUAUUUUUGCUUGCAUGUCGUCUCACUGAGAACCGGUCCUGUCAACACAGAAACAACUCGGAGUAGUCAACCGCCUCAUCCAUGCAGUGGAGUGCUGGGCCAAGGCUCACCGGCCCCGGCUCCAGCCAUGUCGGUCAGGGAUACAUUGGCUGGUGGCGGUGACAGAGCGGGAGGCGGUGAACCGACAGAGGAUUUGCUGGUUGAGGAAAACCAAAGCAGCUGCAUGUCUCUGUCCAGCCUGAUGACCGCGUCCUCAGUUGCUGGCUCGUCCAUGAGCACAGAGAUGCCCCGGAAGCGUAAGGGCAGCAUGGAGAACCAGGAUUCAAGAUCUGCUUCCAUUCCUGAUGUAGAUAUGGAAGACGACCAAAAUGGGUCAGAUGGGGAUGACCAACAUGUUAAAAUGAAAUGCAUCAGGGAACCACACAGCCAAAUUGAGAAGAGGAGACGGGACAAAAUGAACCACCUCAUUGACAAACUGUCAGCCAUGAUCCCGACUUGUAACCCCUUAUCCCGAAAGCUGGACAAACUCACUGUUCUCAGAAUGGCUGUGCAGCACCUCAAAUCUCUCAAAGGUUCAUCAAGCUCGUUUUCUGAAGCUCACUACAAGCCUUCGUUCAUUCCAAAUGAGGAGCUCAAACAUCUUGUCAUUAAGGCAGCAGAUGGGUUCCUGUUUGUAGUGGGAUGUGAUCGUGGAAAAAUAGUUUUUGUCUCAGAGUCCGUCACGAAGAUAUUAAAUUAUAGUCGGGCGGAGCUGAUUGGACAGAGUCUGUUUGAUUACAUUCACCCAAAGGACAUGGGAAAAGUGAAGGAGCAGCUGUCAGCCUCUGAAUUAUACCCUCGUGAACGACUAAUAGAUGCUAAAACCGGUCUGCAGGUCCAGGCUGACCUCCCAGUCGGUGGAGCACGGUUGUGUUCAGGUGCGCGGCGCUCUUUUUUCUGCCGCAUGAAGUACAACAAAAUUUCUGUAAAAGUGGAGGAGAAAGAGUUCCAGGCCAGCUCGUCCAAAAAGAAAGAGUCACAGAAGUACUGCACAGUUCACUGUACAGGCUACAUGCGCAGCUGGCCAACCAGUCAGUUGGGAGCAGAGGGUGAGGGCGAGGCAGACAAACAGGACAGCUCCCACUUCAGCUGCCUGGUGGCAGUGGGACGUGUUCACUCUCACUCCUCUCCCCAGGUGAACGGAGAGGUCAAAGUUAAAUCCACAGAAUUCACCACGCGCUACGCCAUGGAUGGCAAAUUCACCUUUGUAGAUCAAAGAGCUACAACCAUUCUUGGUUACCUUCCCCAAGAGCUGCUAGGGACAUCAUGCUAUGAGUACUUCCAUCAAGACGACUUACCACAUUUAGCUGAUAGACAUCGAAAAGUGCUGCGGAGUAAAGAGAAAAUUGAGACCAACUUUUAUAAGUUCAAAACAAAAUAUGGCUCUUUUGUCACUCUGCAAAGUCAGUGGUUUAGUUUUGUAAAUCCCUGGACCAAAGAAGUAGAAUACAUAGUGUCAACGAAUACAGUCAUAGCUCAAGCCAGUCGAUCAGGGAACAAGUCUGAACAGUCGAGCAAUUCCAAGACUUCUGAAGAAGAUGGUAAGAAGUCCCUUCCAAUCAUACCAGGCAUCUCCACCACACCUGGAUCUAUGAUUUAUGCUGGAAGCAUCGGGACUCAAAUCGCCAAUGAGCUGCUGGAUUUCAACAGGAUGAACUCAUCACCUUCCAGUGGCAACGUCAGCCCUUUCAGUUUACCACUGGAUAAAUCUCCACAAAUUCACAAUCAAAUCAGCAACAAUGUGCCAAACGGAGAGGCAACAGAUGUGGAGAUGCCAGGAAAGUCCAGCUCAGAGGACGAGCCCCAAGGUGCUGCGUUCUCAGGAGGAGAAACACUGAUGGCUCAUCUCUCCUCAGGUGAGAAUUCCCAGCUGGAUUUGGACAGUGUGGUUGGACCAGGCCUUAGUAGUCUGAGCAACGAUGAAGCAGCCAUGGCAGUGAUCAUGAGCCUCCUGGAGACGGACACAAACUUGAGCGAUGCUGUGGACUUUGAAGAGAUGCACUGGUCUUUAUAGAAUCUGUUCUUGCAGUGUGACACUGUAGCACACUGUAAAAUAUACUUUUUUUCUUUGGUAAGGUGAACUGCUCGAACGCUUACACCACAUUUGAUUUUUAAGGACUUUAUUUAUUACUUUUAUUUGCUACCUAUUUCCCCAUAUAAGCUGUGUAGUCUUCGGGCGGCUGCUCUUACACGUUCAAGGUCAGUGACAAUUAAGGAAAACCAUAUUUCCCUCUUCAGGAGGAGGAUUUGCCUCUAAAGCCUUACAGCGGUCCUCCUGCCCUGAAAACACUGUUCCUGACUUCUUUCCUCACAUCUACUGUUCAUCCUCUGUUUAAAUGAAAAGGUUUAAGAACCCACAAAUACAAAAAAACCCAGACAAAGCUCAGAUCAUGACGAUUCGAGGGUUCUGCUCGUUUUCUCCUCACAUUGAAUCAAAGGUUGGGAGUGACAAAGCAUAAAAAUGCACUGAAAAGAAAUUUUUUUUAAUGUCAUAGUUUGAUUAGGUACUGUAUGUUUAAUUAAAAAUGCAAGAAAGACAACUUGACAACCUGGUCCCCCACAGGAUCCAAAACUGUUCUCAGGCAGUGAACCAUGUAAAACCACACCUCCAUAACCUCUGACUCUGAGAGUCACUCAGUGAUGUGCUGCUCAGAGAUUUUCCACUUGUCUGUAUCUGAACAUUUACUGCGAAACAAUCCACUAACCUCACUUGAACAAACUGUAUAUGUGCGCAGCGCUGCAACUGACCAUUCUUUUCAUGAUUGAUUAAUCUGUCCAACAAUAGUUUCGCCAUUAAUUGGUUAGUAUUUCCUCUAGAAUCUUUUUCAGCUGCUCUGCCACUGCAUUCAAGUUAAAAUAGUUUUAAAUGAAAAAGGACCUAAUAAUCAUUUUAGAUCAUUCAUUUUUAAUUUGGAAUGUAGAGACGGGAUCAAAUCCUGUGUUCACCAAACCUCAAAAUGAUGAUGUUGUCCACAGUCCAAAGAUAAUCAUUUUUUUCUGUUUCAUUUGCUAAUUAUUUAUAUUAACGAAGGUGAGAAAUGGGAACUUAAAAGAAACACACUUGACCGAUUACUUGAUCAUAAGAAAAUGGUUGCUGUUGCUGCCAUGUUUAGUCAUCUUAAUAGUCAAACAUUUGUUUUUUUCUCUAAAUGUGUGUGCAUUUGUUAUGUAGCCAACACCAUGUCAGGCCAUAUCUACUUUUGUUCCAUAUUUCCUAAACCCUUAAAAACUGGCCUUCUUUUUAGAUCUUAGAAUUUAACCAUUUUAGACAGAAAACAUCCACCUUCAUAAACAAAUAAGUGAGAGAGCACUCAGUUUCGUCGGACGACCUUACAUGACCUCUAGAUUAGAUUUACAUUAGGUCUGAAAGGACACUGAGGCGAAAGGUUUGAGCUGGACAGCCGAGUCAUUUCAGGUCGAGUCUGGUGAUAGAAGCGAAAACUCAGGGAGCGACGGAAGCUUAAAGCUGCCUCACAGAAACACAGUGAGUGUUGCAGUGUUUCAUCCUCCACUCUAUGCUUUUGCUUUUCUUUUCGUGCGUCUCCUUGUAUACUUACUCUCUGCUUUAUAUUCUGGAAAGAAAGCCAUAAGUGUAGCUGUUAGGUUUUUCCCCACCCUUCAUGUCAUUUUAUGCACUGACAGUCUUUGAAAAGACAUGUCCAUGUUUCAUGUGCUUCUCAGAAACACGGUGUGGUCAUGCACCUGCAUUCAUUUAAAGGGAUUAUGCUAUGCAGAGCUAUCAUUACAUCAAUAACAGACUUUAAGGUAUGUCUCUUUCUUUCAUGUAAUUAACACUUAUUUCAUACCUUUCUUGCAGAAGGCCCACAGUGUGCUGCUGACUUGUGAAUCGUGCAUCCAUUCCCAUACUCACAGUUGCACAGUAGCCUCUAUGUUAGUGAUCAUGUGGCAGUAGCGUAGCCUUUAUACUUAAUGUCAGAUUAAUUCAAUUAAAUAUGUGAAAAUGCAUUUAAAAAAUGAAAACUGCUGCCAUAAUUCUGGCCAAAUGAUAACCAAAAAUGUCCAGUAUAAAAAAAAUGUAUGUCUUUAGAUAUAACUAAUAUUAAGUUAAAGUCUAAUGAUUGUGAAUCAAUUAAGGCUGACCUGAAUUUGAUUUGAAAUAGUGCAGUUCUGAAAUUCUGAAGGCUGCAUUUUAAUUGUUCUAUGCCAAUUUUUUUUAAAAAAUCAUAGAUUUUUUAUUAUUUUCUUUUAGAAACAAUUCACCUCUUAAGUUCUUACUCUUUUAUAUGGUAUAGGUGUGGUAUAGUAGUUCAUAUUUUGAUGGGAUUUCAUGUACUAAAGUGUUCUAAAUGUAUUACGGUGAUUAUUGAGCCGAGGACUGACUCGUAAUAAGUCAUAUGGAAUAAGACGUUACAAUAAUACAAAUUGUAAUAUGUCAGAAUUAAACAGUUCUUCUCCAUCUUUUCUGGGGCAUUGAAGUUUGAGCAUGUGUGUGUCACCCUGUUUCACCUGCUCGAGUGCGGUGAAAUUCACCUCAUGCACUUGUGAACCAUUUAUGAUGCAUAAUAAUCACGUUUAUUUAGACUGUGCGUCAGUAGCUUCACUCUCAUUCAGCAGUACACGAACCAGUCAUGUGACAAUAUAGCGGUUGUAUCACUGUCCACGUGAACAAUAAUAUAUGAAACUGAGUAGCUUAUAAGCUAUGCCAUUGUUGAGAUUGUCAUCAAGGGCCAUGUUUUAUAGUGAUUUCCUGUCUGUGUGUCAAUGAUUUUUUCCCAUAUAGAAUCUCUAGUUUUUAGGAUCGUAGACUGUUGGUUGUGGGGUCUUUUCUCUCUGAUGCUUGAAUUAAGAGGAGUCUGUGGAUGAAGGAGCCAAACUCUCCUGCCUGUGUCCGAAGUGCCUUUGGACAUUUGUGCUUGGUCACACGAUGAACCUUGUUGCUUUUAAGGUUUGCACUGCCCGAUAGUGGGGCCAGAAAUGUGACGUAGGACUCCCCUGACACAGGCUUGUGGAAGCCUGUUUGUGAUUGGAUUCAGCAGUCGACACCUGACUAAACAACUGGAGCUGUGGUGUUGUGCCAUAGACACAGACUGGACCUUUUUUAAAAAAAGCAAAAAUGUCAAUUUUAUACUGUUAUUUACGCCCUUGUAGCUGUUAUUCCCCCCACAUUGUUCUCAUUUCAGCUUCAAAAUGUCACGUUUUGCUUCUGCCACCAUUAAAAACCAAACACGAGACUUUGUAAACUAAAAACCCAACAUUAUGUUUUCAUUCCAUGCCCUGUGUCGUGUCGUGUUGUGUGUAGUUGCAUGCUGUUCUUGUAUCAUUUAUUGCUGUUAGUUUAAAAAAUAAUAAUAAUGUGUUGGCUAAACACGAUAAGGACCUGCACAGGAGGAAGGACUUCAACCUUUGAGGCCGAUGCAUUUAAGAGCGUGUUACUGCCUCCAUUGUAUCAUUUCCUGCCAUUUUCAUGAGUUCAUUCUUGUUUGAUUUGUGGGUUCUGAUGGGGAGAAACACUUACUGUAUUUGUUAAUUGCAUUAUUGCUGCUACUUUUAACAUGCCUGGCAUGUCAACCCAGGUUGUCAUGUUGUUAAUAAAUAGUUUACUAAACCCUCA